AUGGAUCAAAAUCCCGCUAGCCCAGAAGCGCGGCAAAGCCGCAUCUUGGAAAGUCUGGUCGACCGACUGUGGCAACGAAGCCGUGAGCGAGGAAGAUGUGAACGUACAGCAACAAUAGAUACGUUGAUAUUACUCGCUUUAUGCGGACGUACCUUUUUCUUCAGGGGCGUUGAAAUCCUUCGACGGCGGGAAUUGAUCUUAGGAGCAGAUGUCGAUAACUACCAAGGACCGCAAGCCAUUGGCCGUGUGCGAAGACGCACACCUGUGACACCCCGUAUUACUCGCAUACAGCAGCAGAUUCUCUCGGCAGAUACCAUCCGCCUCCAGGCCCAAGACGAGAGGGCCCAGCGGAUCAUUAGUUCACUCCCUCGUCAGACGGUAAGUGAGACACCUCAAGCCGUUGAGGAUCCCACUUGUAUUAUCUGUAUGGAUCCUCUUGGGUUAAAUGAUGAGGUUAUGGUCUUGCCGUGUGCACAUUGGUUUUGUGCUGAUUGUACUGGCUCGUGGUUCCGAGUAGGCAGUAGCUGCCCGAUGUGUCGCGGAGCUGUUGGGCCAAAUCAACCGCAUAACAGACCUAUUAAUGGAGCUUCUGAGCCUACUGAUACACCUGGUGAAUUAGCCAAUGAUCUUACGAUUGACGAAGGGUUACUUUAUGGAUAUUACCAUCCCCAGUAUGAUGACGCUUUGGCCGAAUCUAGUGGUAUCGUUGAGGACUUGCUGUAUGGUUUCUCCGAGGAGGAAGGCCAGACUGAUGACUGA